UCUGGGAAGCGGAUUGCAGUGCCUGUUCGUAUCGAGCCCAAGGUGUAUUUCGCAAACGAGCGCACGUUCUUGAAAUGGCUGAGCUUUGCGGUGCUGAUCGGCACUAUCGCUAUGACGUUAUUAAACUUCGUACCUGCAGAUGAUCUACGGGGCCUGAUUAGUGCUGCGCUAUUCACUCUGGCUGCGCUGCUCGCGAUCGCCUAUUCAGCGAUCAUCUUCGUAUACCGAGCGCUUCGUCUGCGUGCACGAUCGGCGGAAGGGCUUUAUUAUGACAAGUACGGACCGACUAUUCUUUGCUUUGUGCUGUUGGCUGCGCUGGGGACCAACAUUGGGUUGAGGGUA